AUGAGUACGUCACGUCAAAGCGAGAGUUGGUCUCUGCUGCCCACGCAGGCUGUAGCCACUCGGAUAAAAAGCCUCGAGGAGGAGCAGCGGGAGCUGGUGGAAUACCAACAGCUCGAGAAGCAGCGGCGCUGUUUGGAGUACGAGCUCACCGAUCGCGACUGGCGAACAGCACAGGAGCGUAUCGAGACCCUUGAGGCACAAAAGCGGGAGGUUGCUGAGCAGAUGCACAAGGUGCAGCGUGACACCACCGACCUCCGGGCUCGCCUGGAUGAUGCCGAGGCGGAGGUGCAGCGCGCCAGCACCGAGAAGCAGCGUAUGUCCGUGGAGCACGAAGAGGUAGAACGUUCGAGAGCCAGGCAACUGGAUGAGCUGACUAGAGCGAAGUUGGAGCUCACAGAUGAACAAAUGCGAGCCAAAGAUGCUUUGAAGACACAGGAAGAGCUCAAGAGUGAGGCCAGCCGCUUGCAAGCGGAGAGUGAAAAGCUGACCACGGAGCUGGCCAGCCUGAAGCCGGGGCCGUCAGACGGAAGAUCGAAGAAAGCAGAGCUCCUCCACCGCAAGCAGAUCUGUGAAGCAAAGCGGGGUCAGCUCUUUGCCAAACAAGGUCGCAGUUCGCAAUACAGCAGUGUGGCAGCACGCAACAAGGCCCUGCGAGAUGAGGUGGCCCAACGGACCUUGCGAAGAGACAAAGCAGCAUCUGAACUCAAGGAAACUCAGACCACCUUGAAGCAGGCGCAGGCUGAAGCCAGCAAGGCGCGUGAGGCGGCAAAGCAGAGCCGGGGUGACGUGCUGCAGCUGGAGCAGGACCGUGAAAAGAAGACCAAAGAGAAGGAUGAGGCAGAACGACAGGUAGCAAUGCUGACGAGCAAGAUUGAAAGUACCAUGCCCCGCCCGCAACGCAAUGCCUUGAACGAGGUCCGGUCCUGGGUGUCAAAGCAAGGACUCGACAAGGAAGUGUUUGGAACAUUGUUGGAGAACAUCGAAGUUCCUGCAGCAUACUGCAUUGCAGCUGAAAGCACUGCGGGCAGCGCGGUGUUCAAUCUCCUGGUGAAGGACGACAGCAUUGCUGGGCAAAUAGUCUCUCUGGUGCGCAAGGGAAGCUUAGGCAGUAUUGUUUGCACGCCCUUGAAUCAGUUAGAGACGAAGCCAAGACAGUAUCCGAAAAUCAACGGAAUAAAGCCACUUGUCGAUGUCAUCAGCUGCCCAAAGUGGGCCUUUCCUGCAGUCCAGCAGGUCUUUGGAAGGACUGUGGUUUGUUCUACUCUGGAGCUUUGCGAUGAGGUAAGCCGCAAGUUUGGCCUGGAUGCGAUCACCUUGGAUGGUGACAAGGUCAGCAGCCGGGGCACUUUGACCGGAGGCUUUCAAGAUCCAGCGCGCUUUGUGCGAAUUUCACAAGCACAAAAGCUUCGGGCAGCGCAGGAGAAAGCCAGUGCCAUCCGUCCCAAGCUUGCCAAGAUCGAGCAGGAGGCCAACGCUGAAGCUGCAUACAACCAGCUGGAUGAGCUGCACAGCCGCUUGCUGAUUUGCUUGCCUCUGGACCUGAGUGCUGAAGAGGAUGCACAACUGCUGCGCUUGGGUGAGGACUACCUGGGAUGGCCUUACUGGAACAUGCAAAAGCUAGCAGCCAGCAGCGAAAAGUGUCACAAGCUGAACCGCGAGAUCAUAGGCAAGGAGCAGCAUCUCAAGGACUUCCUUCGCAAGCGUCUUCAUGAGCUUGAGGUCGAGUUGCGUCGUGACCUUCCCACAGAUCACGAGGAGCGUGUUAGAGAGCGCAGCAAGGCUGUGGAGCGACUGCAGCGCGCUGAGAAAGAGAGUGAAUCGUCGCUGAAGGAGCUCCUGAAAGAUUUGACGGCCUCUGAUCAGGCCUUGGCCCAGGCUCGCUCAGAGGUGGACAAGUUGCAUGCAGAGGACCAGAAGCUUCAGGGGACUCUCAAUCAGCUCACUGGGAACUUGGAUGACAUCGCCUUGAAGGUGGGGCUGUUGGGUUAUGGGAAGAUGUGGGAGACACUUAGUUUUGAUUUGAUUGAUGACACUUGCUGA